AUGGAAGUGAAACGAAUGCGAGUGACAAACUGCAAGCAGUUCGAACUUAUGGUGGCCCGGAUGGAAGCACAUCCUGCUGUAGCGAAGGGACUAAAAUUUUGCGAAGCUUCGCGAAUAACGAGAGAAUCCUAUUUGGAAAUUUGGAACGAUCUGACCACUGGCUUGAAUAGUCUCGGACCUCCGACGCGGUCGGUUCAUGAAUGGCAAAAGGUUUGGACAGAUUUUAAAUUAAAAGUAAAACGCAAGCUCGCACAUAACAAACGCGAGACAGAAGCGACUGGUGGCGGACCCAACCAAUUCAUAAAUUUAUCAUCGACAGAGGAAGCGGUAGUAAAUUUGUUGUCUCUCGAUUGCGCGGUUUACCAAUCAGGUUUAUCCAGUCUUAUGUCAUCAUCACUGGAAAUACCAAUACCCCCGAUGAACGAUGUGAAUGAGCAAGGCUCUCAGUUAGAUGAGUUACAAACAGACGAUAUUGAGAACGCAAAGAACAACAGAAAUCAUGAAAGCCAAAACAGACGCAAGCGUGAAAUUCUCGACAAUACAGACAACCGCCUAAAUAUGUUAGUUGAGCAAACAAAGUACCUCAAGCGAAUGGUUGCAAACUCCGAAGAAUGUGCCCGUUAUGCAAGGAAGACGUUCAAGCUCAAAGAACAACAGGCCAAGGAAUGUCAGGCGUACAAGUUGCGAAAGGAGAAGCAGAGGCAGGAGGAGUUGCAAUAUAAAAUACAGCUGUUGGAAUAUAAAAAGAAGAAGUUAUGUCUACUAGAACGCCAAGCAGGGAAGAAUGAAGACUAA